UCGCAAGGGGCUCUCCGUAUCCAUUGCGGAGACAACGAUCGGCCCCUCUCAUUAAUUUGAGCCAAGAACAAUGGAGAAGGAACGGAAGGGAGAAGAGGAAUGAUGAUGGUGACGAUGGAUGUGGGAGUGAGAGUGUCUUGGAAGAUCCCAGAUAUAACAAGGGGAGAGGAGGGAGAGCAAAGAGUUAAGUAUCACGUAUUGCCCCUUCGUUCUGUCCUUUUCUCGUCCACUCACUCCCCUUUAUCACACAACACACACUGCUCUACUUCGCGUUAUCGUGUUUCAUUGCCGUCGUGGAUCGGGAGACUUGUAUCAAAGGUACCGCUUGUUUGAGAACAACAUCCCACCACACGAAACUGUCACUCAUUUACCUAACCUCCAUCCACUCAUCCAUCCAUUCACCAGUCUAUCAUCUAUCAUAUCGCCAAUCUUCUUUUCGUGGAGCAGCAGCGCCAGUUCCACAAGAUCACCACACCACCUCCCUGACCAUCUCUCGCAUCAAGCUUAGACACCAGAGAACAAAUAUGCGUCUCCCCAGCCUCACCCUCGCCACACUGGCUCUCGCCAGUCCCCUCGUCCACGCCCAACUCGACUCGCUCCUCUCGGACGCGACCUCGCUGGUCUCGAGCGUCGCGUCCGUCAUCGGCACCGACACCGCCACCGAGCCGCUCAUCACCAGCGUCGAGUCCGCCAUCCAGAGCGCCACUAGCGCCCUGUCCCUGACCGGCGACGGCGCCAGUCUGCUCUCGUCGUACGUCUCUGAGGCGAGCACCGCCCUGGCUUCCGCCACGGCGACAGGUACAGGUACCGACAGCGGCGCGUCCACCCCGACCACGGCGGCUGGCUCGGCGGCGACAACGGCGGGAGGUGGAAGCAGCACCGGUGGCGCGGCUGGUACCGUCGCCUUGUCGGGGGUGGGUGUCUUGGUGCCGGCCGCCGUGGUGGGUGUUGUUGCCUUGUUGUAGCGGCGCCAGGUGGCCGGUCAACAAGAUCCCUCAUACGGGCAAGUGUGCUGCAAGGCGGGACGGUGUUUCUCAGCACAGCAAGGAAAGGCAGGGUCAUGGCAUGGCAUGACAUGACGUGCUAUGACAAUUGCAAUGCCGUUGAAGAACAAGGCCUUGCGGUUUUUUUUUUUUUUCAUUUCGGGGACAUGGAUGGGACAUGAUGAAACCCUUGCCCGAGUUGUAUCAACUAUGUACCUAAUAAUCACUUGUCAACCAUUUCCAAAGCACAACCCAAACGAGAGUGUCCUCCUCUGGCACUCUUCCGCAUCAGGCACCCGAACUCGGGACAAAAGACAGUGCGGGAAUUCCACGGGAUGGGCCCAUUCUGAAUAGACGCAGGAGGAGAGAAGGUGACUUUGUUUUCGGCACUCGUUGGGAAACAGUCUGGGCAUGGAUGGCAUCAUGGGAGAAGCAAGGCGUCGGACGUGUUCUGGGUACCGUCUGAGCGCAUUUGCAUGCUCCUGCGAGAUCAGCUCGGAGCGGACCUGUGAAACAAGGACAACAAGAGGGAGUUUGUCGAGCUCGGUGUGCAAGAUCGCCGUGCCAUGGCUGAGAGAUUGGUGGCCCGCAGCAGUGCA